CUGCGAAUUGGGAGCGUUUCGGCGACGGCCGCGAUGAUAAUAAAAUAUGUUUUUACAAUAAUUAUAAUGAUAAUAACAACGUAUAUUUUACAAUGCCGACGAGGCUGUUACUCGCUCGUAUAACGACAAUGGUAUUGUAUAAAGUUACAGUAAUGCGCAACGGACGGUCGAGCGGAGGUGCUGCCGCCUCUUUUGUAAAUUGCCGGUUGUCGUACAGUUAUUAAUUAUUAUAGGUAAUCGUUGUCGUCGUUGUCGUCGCAUUUAAUAAUAUUACAACGUUUCGCUUUUUUUUUGUAUACAUAUAAUAUUCUUUGGUUGUUUUUUAUUCUAUUUCCCCUACUACCGUCGAUCGAGUGAUGCGCUCCCGCGCGUGACUCGCCGUCAUUAUCUUUAGGCCCGACCCGCGCGUUGGCCUUUUCACCUCGAGAUUACGUUCAGACGUUGAUUAGGGCUGAGACCAAUAGCGAUACGGUCGUCGUUGGACGGCUGGUGGAGCACACAAUGUGCAACCGACACCUCGCCAUCGUCUGUUGUCUGUCUGCUGACAGUGCUCCUUGAUUGUCGUCAAACGAUGCAAGUGCCUUCGUGUGGCGAUACUAUGACGCCAGAGUCAGCCGACAACGGUCUGUGUGACAAGUCCAUAACGCUCCGCAAGCACCGCAAAAAUGUAUUUAAUAAAUCAGCAUUGAGAAUGGUAGCUGCAGAAAUGACAAGUAAUCAAGAUAAAGAUGUCACUCAAGUGCAAUACAUAGAUAUCAGUCCUGAUUUUCUAACAACUGGACGAACUGGCAGAAGGAAUGCAUUACCUGAUAUACUAGGUGAACACAAAUUAACGUCCACAGCUGACUUGCCUGACCGAUUACAAGCACUCACAACAAAUGAGGGAACUGAGACGAGUAAUAUGCAGCCAUCAACUAGUAGUGAUUCAGACAUGAUAAAAACACAAAAUGCAACGUGUUGAAUGACUGAAUGACAUUUACAACUAUAUCUACUACUACUACAUGUUCCGAAGGUAAAAUGAAACAAAAUAAACACGUCUAGAUUGGCUAGAUGUUGUAGCCUCAAA